CGGAGAUCGUUUGGGACCGAGUCGACGUCGUUUCGUUCGAUGACGUCUUCGUGAGACUCGCUCUACGUAGUUUUGCUCGCGGCACUGGGCACAAAGUCGCCCUCUGGGGGUGGAAUACUGCAUCGUCAGGUCGUCGGCGUCGUCUUGUGGGGGAGUUCGCAAAGAAAGGUGCCCUUGGCAAAACUGAUUGCUCGUGAAGAAACAAAGAACCGGAGCCUGAUGUCUGCCGUGUCGCCCUAAGUCGCCGUUGCGGUCAUGCAAGAUACGGACCUCCACUAGGCCCGUUGCAGCCCCGGUUUCUUCUGACAGUAUCGAAAGUGAAAUUGUCCGUGGCGGUUCGGCACAUGUGUAUGAGUGCAUGCGAAGUGGGGGAGAAAGAAGAUAAAAUUCUCAUCAGAGUCGUCUUGCGCAAGUAGUUGCCCACAGGCCCUAAGCUAUCCGUCCGUGGGUUCAUUGUCUCCCUGGUCUUUGUGGCCACCGUUAGCGGAUCAAAAGUCCCUUAGGUCGUCGCCUUCGUCGGCUGUAACGUUGUGUUGUGUAAAAAGGCCAUAGGAAACGAUCUCCGGCUAAUGGCUUUCCAUCCAGUGCAAGUCAGUCAAGUUUAAUAAAAAGAUAAUGUAAUAGCACAACCAGGCAAGAAGUCCGCAGUCUGAGUUCGAAACGGUGCGGUAUUGCAAAGGUGCUCAGCGAAGAAAAGUGAAAAAGUUUACACCCGAAACAAAAUAUGACCUAAUUGCAUAACGGACGACUCAACCGCAACAGUGUAGUGCCUUAUUUUCCGUUGUCUCGUUUCUUGUGCUGUUUUUUUUUUCGGGGGUGGAAAACAGAGGGCCCAAAACCGUGUCAAUUCGUUUUCAUUUCUCUGGGCAUUGUGUUUUGGUGUCGCCGGGUGCAAACGAUUUCGUAAUUUUGGCAAUGAAGAGCAGUGAAUCGAAGAGAUUUGCGGUGUGGAGUUGGCAGCAAGGGGAAACUCUCUCACACAAGCAGUUUUUGCAUAAUAGUGGUGCUUCUUGUGGAAAACGAAAGGGAAUGGAUUAUUCCCGGUGCCAGUGGUCUAGUGAAACCGUUAUGAAGAAGCUCGUUGUCGUCUGCGUAGUGUUGGCAUGUGUGGGAGUUGUGCAGGCAGAAAGGACUCCAUCGCCGCAACAGGAGCAGGAUAUACUGAUUCUGGAUGCGCUGGGGAAGAGGCAGCAGUUCGGGGGCAAUAUCGACUAUGGAUCAAAUUCGAUUAUGGAGCUUUUGGGGAGAAGUAUGAAACGCUUAACUAAUAACCAACCAGAUGAUAUGAUCCCCCAGACGUGUCGACACAAGGGUCGCAAGUUCGAGUGUGGCCUUUCGAUUUCAUGCGUGCUGGGCGGCGGCAAACCGGUCGACCUCUGCUCCGGAGGGAUGAUCUGGUCCUGCUGCAUCGAUCGGGACUUCCACCAGCAGGAUCCGGACCUGGAACUGGGUACCGUCCACAACGCCAGUUGUGGCGAGUUGUACACCAGAACCAAUCGAAUUGUGGGAGGUCACUCAACCGGCUUCGGAACCCAUCCAUGGCAGGCGGCACUCAUCAAGACGGGCUUCCUGACGAAGAAACUCAGCUGCGGAGGAGCGCUGAUCUCCAACCGGUGGAUUGUCACUGCGGCCCAUUGUGUUGCGACAACACCAAACAGCAACCUCAAGGUAAGGUUAGGUGAGUGGGAUGUACGGGACCAGGACGAGCGACUGAACCACGAAGAGUACACCAUCGAGCGGAAGGAGGUCCAUCCCAGUUAUUCGCCGAGCGACUUCCGGAAUGACAUUGCGCUGGUCAAACUGGAUCGGAAGGUAGUGUUCCGGCAGCACAUCCUGCCGGUGUGCCUACCGCCGAAGCAAACCAAACUGGUGGGUAAGAUGGCCACCGUCGCUGGCUGGGGUCGAACGCGGCACGGUCAAAGCACAGUUCCUUCGGUGUUGCAGGAGGUCGACGUAGAAGUGAUACCAAACGAGCGUUGCCAGCGGUGGUUCCGGGCGGCUGGACGCCGUGAAGUCAUCCACGAUGUGUUCCUCUGUGCUGGCUACAAGGAGGGAGGUCGUGACAGCUGUCAGGGCGAUUCUGGUGGUCCUCUAACCUUGUCUUUGGAAGGCCGCAAGACGUUGAUCGGUCUGGUGUCGUGGGGAAUCGGAUGUGGCCGGGAGCAUUUGCCCGGAGUGUACACCAACAUUCAGAAAUUUGUGCCUUGGAUCGAGAAAGUCAUGGGAAAGGAGUAUUCGUAGAGAUCAGAUCGGGAAGUGUUUCCACUGAGAAGCGAAGUGUGUAAAUAGUCAAAACAAACUUUACUAAGUAGCAUUAAGUGUUGGAAGUAGUUCACAGCUAUACCAUCUUAAAACGAGAAUCGAUCAUUUACCAUGAUGUAAAUUUAACGGUACACGCUAUUAUUGAAGCGGUAAGUUCUAGUAAGGAAAGUUAAACACAGUUUUCGAUCGUCUGAGAGAAGAACGCAGCGCGGUAGUAAUUUAUUUGUAAUUUAUUUUCGCUUGAGUUCCGAUUUGAGUCGCGUAUUUAAGUGCUAGAAAGAAGAUCGUACUGACAUUACCAUACCAUGAAGUUUCUGAUAGAACCUAGGUUAGUCGAUAAAUAAACGUAUGUUUCGAAAUA